AUGACCGAUAACAACAAAGGCUGCAAGAUCACGCUCUAUUGGCUCGAGCAAUCCCGGAGUCAUCGCAUCCUCUGGCUUCUGGAAGAACUCCAGUUGAAAUAUGAGUUGAAGACUUUCAAGCGUCGCGCCGACAAGCUGGCCCCCCGCGAGCUCAAGGACGUCCACGCCCUGGGCAAAUCCCCCGUCAUCACGAUCGAGGCCCCCGGAUCCGAGAAGCCUCUGGUGCUGGCCGAAUCUGGCGCGAUUGUGGAAUACCUCUGCGACCACUUUGGUAGCGCGCGACCGACGCUAGUACCGGAGCGUUACCAGGCAGGCCGCGAGGGCCAAGUCGGUGGCGAGCGCGAGGAGUGGAUGCGGUAUCGCUACUUCAUGCACUAUGUUGAAGGCAGCCUGAUGCCAUUCCUGGUGAUGACUCUUGUCAAUGACACCAUCCGCAACUCGCCUCCCUUCUUCGUUCGCCCGAUUACGAGCAUCGUGGCUUCGCAGGUUGAAUCGGCCUUCCUGACUCACAACAUCGAGGGUAAUCUCUCUUUCCUGGAGCAGCAGCUGCAGACAGCCCCUGAGGGUGGUCCUUACCUUUGCGGAAAGGAGUUGACCGCAGCGGAUAUCCUGAUGAGUUUCCCAAUCAUUGCGGCCAGUGGCCGGAUUCUGAAGGAUCAGAAGCAGAAGGAUAAGUACCCUCUGCUGGCGGCUUAUGCUCAGCGCUUGGAGGGAGCUGAGGGUUACAAGAAGGCUGUUGCAAAGAUUGAGCAGAUCGAGGGACAUUUCUCAGCCUCGAUGUAA